AUGGGCGCCGUCGCCUGCGAAGGCGUGCAGAGCCACCCGGCAAGAGACUUCGUGACGGUCUACGAGUACAAGCUGGGCAACCACGUGAUCCUCUGGGACUACGUCAUUGGAUGGGUGUACAUCACGUCCAUCUGGAAGGCCGUGGGGAACUACAAGGCAGACGUGUUGAAGUUGGUGUCGACGUCGCCGGAGAUCAAGAACAAGGUGUACAAGACCAAGGGCGGCUGCUUGAAGGUGCAGGGCACGUGGAUCCAGUACGACGUGGCGAAGCAGCUAGCGGCGAGGUUCUGCUGGCCCAUCCGCUUUGCGCUCGUGCCGCUCUUCGGC